AUGCGACCCUUCACCGCCCUAAGCCUUCUCUUGGCAUUGAGCGGUUCCGCGUUCAGUGCUCCAGCCCCAGAGAAUGACCUCAAGAUCAGGAACGUGGACGAGUGCAAGGCCGUCACCGUCAUUAUCAGUGUUCUCAGCCAGUACAAAGCUUCUGCAACAUCGUUCUGCAGCUCCUUCAUCUCAAUACCAGUGAAGACCGUCACUUCAGCUACAACCACGACGUCAACGCCGAAGCCUUCUACGGUGACAUCCACCAUUACAGUCACGCCGAAGGUCUCCGUUACAGCUACCACCACCACCACCCCAACAGUCAUCUACAGCAUCACCUCCGCUCCCGCCAAACGUGCUAUCUCCCCAAAACUCGCUGAACGCAACAUUAACAACCAGCCCAUUCCCUCCUACGUGUCCGCCUUCGCCUCGUCCGAGAUUUCCUCUGCCUGUUCUUGCCUCUCCAUCAGCCCUUCUACCACAACGGUCAAAACAACCUCCACAGUCGUAGGUCCAGCCCCUACAACCGUUGUCAAAACUACCAUUACCGCAUCCACCGUCACUACUACUAUUUCCACGGUCACUGUUACUGCUUCGUCUACCGUCACGGAGUGCGCGAAUGCGCUGCCGACUUUCAUCUUGAAACUAGCGAGCCCGGUGGUUCUGAACGGUGCCCAGCUCGAAGGCACUUACGAUCAGAUCGACGACGGAGACGGCGAGCUAGUGGGCUUCAACGGCCUCACCGACCCUUCCGCCGCCGGUGUCCUCUCUCUUACAUCAACCGGCUUCCUAAUGAUCGACUCAGUCGGUCAAAUCGCAUUCCGCAUUCCAGGCCAAACGGGCCUCCAACUCCUCCUCUUCGACCCCCCCGCCGAAGUCGAAGCCAGCGACACCCCCGUCGUCUGCAGCGUAGCGACCGGCGCCCUCACGUGCUCCGACGGGGUGAAUUCGGUCCUGCAGCUGUGUCCCGGCUUUGCGGUGACGGACGAUUUGUUCAUUGGGCCGGUGGUGGCGAGCGGGUGUGUGGGGGUCGUGUUGGAUGUGCUGCCGGUUUGCAUUGUGCCGUAG